GUGCCAAUUACGUUCUACUCUUGACUACAACUGAUUUUACCCCAACAGCUAUGAUGAAAGUGGAAACCCAAUAUUUCACAACCACUAUUUGCAGACAACCACUAAUGAACACCCCUGUAAAGUGCAGUACCGUAAAAUGGUGGCUCAGGAACGUGAGCGUAUCCAGCGCACCGGUGCCGAUGGAGGCUUUGUAAUCCAACUGGACAGAAAAGAGACUGAGGAGACUAAUAAUACCCACGCAGCACGUUUCUUCAGUGGAUUCUUAAGUUUAAUAAGCUGCAAGUGUGAUGAAACAACAUCCCUGACACUGAUCAGCUUUGACGACGAUGUCAUCUUCUCAGAAAAGGAGUACUCUGGGGCCACUGUUAGUGGCGGUCUAGCAGAGAAGUUGGAAAUCCUUCGAGACCAGAGUAGCGGCUCGCCACUGCAACAGCUGUCUAGCGGAUUUCCGAUCUCCGACAAUUCUAUUUACUGUGAUAGUCAGCUGGAGACGGAUGACAAAGAUGAGGAGACUGAUACUGACAAGAGCCCAGAUGAAUCAGGAAAUGACUCCUCUGCCAAAGAGGACCAGGAGAAAGACCUUUUCAAUAAACCUGAACCUUCUUUUUACAGAGGAUUCUUGAGUGUUUUAGGCUUUGGGAAGGGUGAAUGUUUUUUCUAUGCACCUUCAAGAAGUGAUCAUGAAGACAAUGGCAUCUCUGCAAAGGAGGGUUCCUUUCACAGUGGAUUCUUGAGUAUUAUGCAUACCAGGGAAGAUGAUCAGAAUCCUCUUUGCUUUGACUAUCUGCUAGAGAUGGAUAUCAAAGAACAGGCAGAUCAGGUGACUGAGGCUCCCGAAAGCCAAGCAGAAUCAAGCAACGAGUCAUCAAGCAAAUACGUCUGGAGUAAACCAAAGUAUGGAUACAACACAGGCACUUUUGAGGGUUCAGAAGACGAGGAGGAAGACGACUCACCCAUAACAGACUCAGCAGUGGCCAUCAGGGUUGCAGAUCCAGCAGAAGAGAUAACUGAGCUUGAGGUCCAGUCUGACGACCAAAGUCCAGAAUCACCAGAGGAGGAGGUUUCAGAAAGAGUUUUGGACAGCAGUGAUUCUGUUUUUGAGACAGAGACUAGUAGUAAGAGCCAAGACGAGUCGGGGAACGACUCCUCUGUUGAAGAUGAGGACAUCCAGUGCGGUGUUACUUGUGGGCACUCACUAGCCAAGCACAAAGAAGACUUUCCCAAAACAAGUGAUGUACCAACUAAGGAACUGCUGAGAAAGACGGAAGAGGAGAAGGAGGAGGAGAUGAAGCUGUUUGAAAGGGAGCUGGAGAAAAAAAGACAACUCCGGAAGGAGAUCUUUCUGGAUGUUGAGCAAUCAAAAUGGCAAAAAGCGUUUUGCCAGGAGGAUCUGAUGAGAGAUGAAGAUUGGCCAGCGGAUCAGUCAAAGAAGGAAAAGGAAAUGAUGUUGCGUCACCAACUAGACCAGUUGCGCAAAGAGGAAGAGGAGGAAAUGGAAGAAUUGAGGAUAGAGAAAGACAAACAAAUGUGGCAACAAAAUGAGGCGAUAAGGAGAGAAGAUAAGUUAAUGAAGGACAAGGAGACAAGUGUACAGCUUCACCAGGAAGCAUUGAGAAUGAAAGAGGAGGAGAUGGAUCAAGUUGAAACUGAAAUGAAGACAACACAUCUCCACAAGGAGAAGCUUUUGAGAAAUAAAGAGGAGGAAGUAGAGCAGUUCAAAUGGAAACUGGAGAUGCAAAUGCAUUCCUGCCAGAAGGAAGAGGAGCUAGAGCAAUUGAGGCACAUCCAGGAGGUACGGAUUAGUCGACAAAAGGAAGAGCUGAUAAGCGAGGAAGAGGAAGAGAUUGCUCGAUUGAUGACGGAAAAAGAGACAAGAGUCUGUCGACAAAAGGUGGAGUUGAGGAAAGAGGAAGAGGAAGAAGUGGAGAGAUUGAAGCACGCAAAGGAAAUGAGACUUCGUUACCGCCGGGAAGAACUGAGAAAAGGGGAAGAGGAGGAAGAGGAAAGGUUGAAGACCGAAAUCGACAUGAGGAAAUGUUUCUUUGAAGAGGAGCUCAAUAGAGCUCAAGGGGAGGCAGAGCAGUUAUUGAUGGAAAAGCAGAUGAAGCGGCAAUUCUGCCUCGAAGUGCUUAGGAAAGAGGAAGCGGAACAAGCGGAGCAGUUGAAGAGGGAAAAGGAGAGACGGAUGUUUCAACAAAAGGAGGAGCUGAUGGAAGAGGAAAUGGAGGAGGUGGCACGCUUGAAGAAGGAGGUGGAUGAAAGAAUCCGUCGCUACCUGGAAGAGCUGACAUGUGAGGAAGAAGAGGAAGCACAGCAACUGAAGCGGGAGAAGGAGAUGAGAAUGCAGCACCACCUGGAAGGGCUCCAGAAAGAGGAGGAGGAGCAGGCGGACAUUUUGAAGAAGGAGAAGAAUGUUCGAUUUAAUCUAAGCCAGGAACAACACCUGAGAGAAAAGCAGGCGGAGGAGGAGAGGUUGGAAAAUGACAUUGAAAGGAGCAAACGUCUUCAUGAAGAGGAGCUUCGCAGGGAGGAAGACGAGGCUCAGCAAAGCAAAAGGGAAAGGGCCGCGAGAAAUCAUUUACGACAACAAGAGGAACUCAAGAGACAUGAAGAGGAGCAAACGGCGAGAGACAAAAUGAUGCGGCUGCACCAAGAGGAAAUGAGGAGAGAGGAAGAAGAGAACGAGCAGUUGAUGAGGGAAAAGGAUUUGAGGAACUCUCUCUUAACCGAUCAACUUAGCAGAGAGGACGAGGAGGAGGAGGUUGCGUGGCUAAGGAGGGGCAAAGAGAUGAGAAUCAGGCUUUAUCAGGAGAGGCUGAGAAGAGAGGAAGAGGACGAGGUGGAAUCUUUCAAGAGAAAACAAAUGACCAGAAUGGGCCUACACCAGGAGAUGCUUAAAAGAGAAGAAGAAAAAGAAGUGGAGCAGCUACAGAGGGAAAGACAGACGAGAAUGAGUGUCUUCCAAGAAGAACUGAGUAGACAAGAGGUGAAUGAGUUGGAGAAAUUAUGGAGGGAAAUGACAGAGAGAUCAAAUCACCUCCUGGAGGGGUUGCAGGAAGAGGAAAAACCUUUGACGAUGGAAAAUGCUGGGAGAAAAAAUAUUCAGUCUAGCAGUGAAGGAAAGAAGGCAAAACGGCUAAAGCGACAGAAGAAGGAGAGAAAGUUGGAGAAGGCCAAAUCAUGGCCUCGCAGGAAAGAGCACAGCACAAAGAAAGAAGCAAAAGGGCUUUUUAGGGGGGAGAUGGAGAGACCAAGGAUGGACCAUGGAGAAGAACUCCAAAGCGACAAUGAGGCAGAAAAAUCGAAGGGAGAGAUGACACAAUCAUGGAUAAGUCUGGAGUCCAGCACAGAAGGAGAAGUGGAGGGGCAAUUUGCAAAGAAGAUGGAUUCAAGAACAAUGUGCCAUGGAGAGGAGAGAGAAAGGACACAAUCGUGGCUAACCCAGGAGUCAAGCGCAGAAGAAGAAGUGUUGUGGAAAUUUCCAAGGAAGAUGGAGUCAAGAACAAUGCUCCAUGGAGACGAGACUGCGGUGAGACAGUCGUGGCCAAGCCAGGAGUCCAGCACAGAGGAAGAAGUGGAAGUGCACUAUGUAAGGCACAUUGGGGUAAAAACAAGACUCCGUGGGGGAAGACUAAGAAGUCAAGAUGAGGAAGUCGGCUUCUGGGAAAGAGAGAGCAGAGUGCCGCUCCGCCACGAGUUGAAAGAAGAUGAGUUUGAAAGAUUUAGGAGAGAAAAGACGAGAUCGUGGCCCUGCAGGAAGGAGCACGGCACAAGGGAAGGAGUGAAAGGGCUCUUCAUAGGGGGAACGGAGACGCAAACAAGUCUCCAUAAAGAGGGCUCCAGAAGUGAUGAGGGCGAGUUCUUCAACAAAGAGAAGAUCCUUUCGUUGGUCCGCCAGGUGGAGCUGAGGAGAGAAGAGGAUGAGGUACAACAGUCGGAGCGAGAGAAGACAAAAACAUGGCCUCGGAUGAAGGAGCGCAGCACAAAGAAAGAAGCAAAAGAGCUCUUUAGGAGGGAGAUCGAGAGAAAGAGAAUGCUCCGCGAAGAUGAGUCGAGAAGUGAUGAUGAGCAGGAAAAGGGGCAGAUGGAGCUCCAUCUGGAGAAGGUGAUGAGGAAAGAGGAUAAGGAACAGCAGUUUGAGAGAGAGAAGGCAAAAUCGUGGCCACGCAGGAAGAUGUUUAAAGGGGAGCUCCCUAAGGAUGAACUGAGAAAUGAGGAUGAAGAGGAAGGGAGCUUGAGAAAUGGGCUGAGAAUGUCGCUCAGCGAGGGGGAGUUGAAGCAGACUGAGGAGGAGCCAGAACGUCCAGAGAAAGAGAAGACAAAAUCAGGGAUUUGCACAGAGGAAGAUAUCAAAUUUAGAUUGAUAAAAAAAAUUGAAACACAAACAAGUUUCCAUGCAGAUGAAGUGGGGGAUGAGGAAGAUGAGAUAUGGUGCUCCUCAGGAGAUGAGGAAAAGAAAGGCCCGGUGGGGAGUCAGAAGCAGGUAGAAAGGUCAAGACAGGAAAAUGAAACGCAUGUCCAGCAGGAGGUAAGAAAAGAUGAUGCGGAAGAGGAGGAUUUUUUAAAAGGGCAAAAACAAAGAAGGAUUUUUCUUAUCACUGAAAAACUGAAGCGAGAGGAAGAAGAGGAAGUUGAGGAGUUACAAAGAGAAAAGGACACAAGAAUCCGCCAGUACAAAGAGAAGCUCCGAAGAGAUGAAGAAGUUCAGGCAGACAAUUUAAAGAGAGCAAAGGAGCAGAGAAUUUGUCUCCUUCUGGAAGAACUGAAGCAAGAGGAAGAGGAGGAGGCAGAGAGGCUGAAGAGAGACAAAGAGAUGCGAAUGAGUCUCCUACAUGAGAAGAUGCAGAAUGAGGUUGAAGAUGGGCAAUCCAAGUGGGGAAAUGAGGGAAGAACUUGGCUUCACCAGGAGGAACAGAACAAGCACGGAGAGGAGGAGAAAAGGACUCGAGAGGACCUGCGGAAAGAGGACAAGGAGGAAGCCGAGGAAACAGCCCAGGUAGGACAAUCAAGGAACGAAAAAGAGAAGACAUCUCAUCUCCAGGAGGAGGUUCAGGUUCAGAGAACACGUCACAGCCAGGAAACAUCGAGGAACGCUGAAGACUACGAGGACGAGCAGUUCACAAUGGAGGUGAAGCGAACGCAUUACUCUCAAGAUAAUCUGAAGACAGAGGAGGAUAACGACGCAGAGCAGUUAAAGGUCGAAAGUGAAAAUAGAAUGGAUCGUCUCCAGGAUGAGCUGAAGAGAGAAACGGAGGAGUUGAUCAACAAAUUGAAAGCUGAGAAGCAGAAGAGAACGCGGCUCCGACAAAUAAACCAGUGGGGGAAAACUGAGGAGAGAAAACUCAAGACAGAGUACAAGGAAAGGCUGAAGGAUUUGCGGCAGUAUCUCCUGGUCAAGAGAAGAGAUGAGGAGACCUUGUUGGACAAAAUGUUUGAGGAGAAGGAGAAAUUAACAGAAUCUGCUUGGAUGGAUAGAGAUGAAGAUCAAUUACAGUUCAGGCAGGACCGUAAAGCUGCCAUCGGAGCGCUUUGCCUCGCAAUCGAAGACGAACGGGAAACUGAAAAUGACAACAUGAAGGCUGAAAGAAGGCAAUUCUUUGAGCGCAUUAGGGCGGAGCCAGAAGAGGACCUGCAUGAACUGAGAACCAGAUUUCAGGAAGACAGGACAGAGAACCUGACAUGUUUAAAUCCAGAGAUUGUCUCUCAGCAUGCACGGGAGAAGACUUUCAACCCGGAGUUCCGCAGCACCUUUUCACCAACGAACGGGCCAGCUCCGGAGCCCCAACACGAGAUAUUUAGUGCUUUCAAAUCAACUUCUCAGAGGACCAAAACUGCAUAUCCCUCACCCUUUAGGCCGACUCUGGCAGCUCCCCAUCCCAGGAACACCACACCUACCUAUAGUACCACUCAUCCCUCAAUGGCUACCUCAGAGUCCCUGCUCAGUCAUGCAAAAGCAACACUGCCUGCAAACCUCUUCAUCACCACAUCCUUGAGAGAAACAUGCAUGACGAAUCCUUCUGUAGGCUAUUGUAGUCAGCUGGGCCUGAAUAGAUUCAAUGAGAUCACGAUUUGUCGUUUCCAAAGACAAAAUUCACAAUGGACUGCUUCUCCACUGUGAAGGCAAUCUAAUGAGUAGUUGAUGCAGUGUAUACAUUUUAUUCUGCAAAACUCUGUACAAUAUCAGUCUGGUGAAGUCAAAGAUAGCAAAU